AUGUCGGACUCUGAAGAGGUCGUUGAAGAAUAUGAGCAGGAGCAGGAAGAGGAGUACGUGGAGGAAGAAGAGGAAGAAUGGAUAGAGGAAGAAGACGGUCAGGAAGAGCAGGUAGAGGAGGAUGAGACCGAAGAAACCAAGGAAGAAGAACAAGAGGACGAAAUGAAAGCACCAGGAGAAGGUGGAGAGGGGGACCGAGAGCAGGAGCCUGGGGAAGGUGAAGCGAAGCCGAAGCCCAAGGUCCCCUUCAUGCCAAACCUGGUGCCUCCCAAAAUCCCAGAUGGUGAAAGACUGGAUUUUGACGACAUCCACCGCAAGCGCAUGGAGAAGGAUCUGAACGAACUGCAGGCCCUCAUCGAAGCUCAUUUUGAGAGCAGGAAGAAGGAGGAGGAGGAGCUCAUCUCCCUCAAGGACAGGAUUGAACAGAGACGAGCAGAGCGGGCAGAGCAGCAGCGGAUCCGCAGCGAGAGGGAGAAGGAGCGCCAAGCCCGCAUGGCCGAAGAAAGAGCUCGCAAAGAGGAGGAGGAGGCACGGAAGAAGGCUGAGGAGGAAGCGAGGAAGAAGAAAGCUUUCUCCAACAUGUUGCAUUUUGGAGGCUACAUGCAGAAGUCAGAGAAAAAGGGUGGCAAGAAGCAAACAGAGCGGGAAAAGAAGAAGAAGAUUCUCAGCGAGCGGCGGAAGCCCCUGAACAUUGAUCAUCUCAACGAAGAUAAGCUGAGGGACAAGGCCAAGGAGCUGUGGCAAACCAUCCGUGAUCUGGAGGCCGAGAAGUUUGACCUACAGGAGAAGUUCAAGCGACAGAAAUAUGAGAUCAACGUCCUCAGGAACCGUGUUAGUGACCACCAGAAGGUGAAAGGGUCAAAGGCUGCCCGUGGGAAGACCAUGGUGGGCGGCCGAUGGAAAUAG